UUUCAUACAAAAUUAACACGAGGAAUAUUAGUAAAAAUAUGCCGUUCACAAAUAAAAUAACAAUUCGUGGUAUUUGGCUGUGCUGGGCCGUUGUUUUAGCAACAUUGAUACAGUGUCAAUUGGUGGAAUCUCAAUACAGUACCUAUCCGUACUUUGGAGCCCAGGGAGCGGGCGCUGGAACUGGAUACGGUGGAUUGUAUGGCAAUGCCUAUGGAUAUGGAUAUGGCUAUCCACAGUAUUACGGUUAUCCGGCAUACGGAUAUACAUACCCGGCCUAUGGCUACCCUGGAGGGGGCUACGGUAGCUAUCCUAGCUACGGCUAUCCAGGUUACAGUUAUGGAUAUCCCUAUGGCAAUGGCGUUAAUACAGCCUUCGCGAGCAGCAGCGGAGGAUUCGCUACAGCAAGUGCGAGUAGCGGAGGCGGAGGCUACUAUGGUUAAGAGCAGAACUGG